CUCAACCCCUGACCCCACUGCUACAAUCCUAGAGGGCACUCUGGCCCAGCCCCUGGGCCGCAUGGGCCAGCCAGCUGAGGUGGCGGCUGCUGCUGUGUUCUUGGCCUCCGAAGCCACCUUCUGCACGGGGACUGAGCUGCUCGUGACCGGGGGUGCGGAGCUGGGGUAUGGGCGCAAGAUUUGGAUCCCCAGAUUUCUCCCUGUUCCUUGGUUUCUGUGUGGUCCCAGAAGAUAUGCCUCAUCCAGCUUCAAGGCUGCUGACCUGCAGCUGGAAAUGACACAGGAGCCUCAUAAGAAGCCUGACCCCAGCCAGCCCCUGCUGUUCGGGAAGACAUUCACCGACCACAUGCUGAUGGUGGAAUGGAGCCAGGAGAAGGGCUGGGGCCAGCCCCGAAUCCAGCCCUUCCAGAACCUCACGCUGCACCCGGCCUGCUCCGCUCUGCACUACUCCCUUCAGCUCUUUGAAGGCAUGAAGGCGUUCAAAGGUGGGGACCAGCGUGUGCGCCUCUUCCGACCUUGGCUCAACAUGGAACGGAUGCUGCGCUCGGCCCUCCGCCUCUGCCUGCCGAGUUUCGACAAAAUUGAGUUGCUGGAGUGCAUCCGCCGGCUGGUGGAAGUGGACCAGGACUGGGUCCCUGGCAGCGUGGGCACUAGCCUCUAUGUGCGGCCCGUGUUGAUCGGGAACGAGCCCUCGCUAGGUGUCGGCCACCCUACUCGAGCCCUCCUGUUCGUCAUUCUCAGCCCGGUGGGCGCCUACUUCCCUGGAGAUGGCUUGAAACCUGUCUCCCUCCUGGCAGAUCCAUCAUUCAUCCGGGCCUGGGUGGGUGGGGUCGGCAACUACAAGCUGGGAGGGAAUUACGGGCCCACCGUGUUAGUGCAGCAGGAGGCACAAAAGAAGGGCUGCGAGCAGGUCCUCUGGCUGUAUGGGCCUGAUCACGAGCUCACCGAGGUGGGCACCAUGAACAUCUUCGUCUUCUGGACCUAUGAGGACGGGGCGCUGGAACUGGUGACACCCCCACUGGACGGCAUCAUCCUACCUGGAGUAGUCCGACAGAGUCUGCUGGACCUGGCCCGGACCUGGGGUGAAUUCCGAGUGGUAGAGCGUAAGAUCACCAUGAAGGAGUUCCUGCGGGCGCUGGAGGACAGCCGGGUCCGAGAAGUCUUCGGUUCAGGCACCGCUUGCCAGGUCUGCCCCGUGCACCAAAUCCUGUACCAAGGCAAGCAUUUCCACAUUCCCACCAUGGAAAACGGGCCCCAGGUUAUCCUCCGCUUCCACAAGGAACUGAAGGCGAUCCAGUACGGAUCAAAAGCCCAUGAAUGGAUGCUCCCGGUGUAAUGCUCUGGGCUUCGCCGGAUCACUCCACGGACCACCGCCGUGUAGCAUCCAGCCCCUGUUGGACCAUCACCUCCGUACCAAUGACUCACCUGAAGUGCAAUAUGAAGUAAGAGACGGGGGAGCCGGGACGCCUGGAUCUCCGGUGCCCCCAUGUUACACUCCCAAAGCCAUAAGGGCCUGACCCAGGCGUCUUGGCCCCUAGCCCCGCCACUCAGGCCUUGGGGACCCGUACUCCCCGCUGCUCCGUGUUGUGGGUCAGGUAUAUACUUUGACCCCAAAUCAGCAUCUCCGUUUUCAGGCCGGAUCUCCCGGUGCUGCAGUUUUUUGUUUUUUGU